AUGCUUUUCGAAUUUCUUUCAAAGUACUACCCUGUGGGUGUUAAAGAGCAAGCAAAAGGCCUCACCUUGGAAGAGCUCAAUGCUAUGACUCUUUUUGAAAGAGUCAAAUUACGAGAUUGGAGAUUAGAAUUGUUUACACUUGGGUUCAUUGUUAUUUUUAUUGUCUUGUUCAAGGCCGGUGACUUUUACAAUCAAUCCAAGGUCACCACGUUUUUGAAAAGUGUCCAACCAACAUUUGCGAAACAGUUUUUCCAAUUCGGAGUCACCCCAGACAAGCUUUAUGUUAAAGAUAGCUCUGAAAAUUUUUCUUCAUAUGCUACUGGCAGAUUAAACAUUGCCAAAGUCGAUUUGAAGUUCACCUUGGCUCCAAGGCAAAACUUGUUUCUUUGGAUUAUGGAGCAUGGAUUCAGUAUCUUUACUGAAAGUGUUCCAACUCCGCAGGACAAAGUUGAAAUUGUAAUCACUCCAUCUGGCAAAUAUGACAACUUUAUUGCUUCAAUUGUUUCCAAAUUGGGAAUGAAUGAUGCCAGAAAGCUCAACUACUUUUUGUCAUUGUGCAAGACUACGGAUUCACCUAACUUGCCCCAAAGUUUUGUUUACAUGAGUGAAGCCAAUGAGUUUCAAGACAAAAUUACUACUACCGAUUUGAGACAAGCUUUAACUUUGCAAAGCGCUUCAUAUGUUAAGGUUAUUGCAUUCACCGAUCAGGCUGUUGUCAAGCCAGAAACAUUGCAUGAAUUUAUUCCACAGAGAAGAGUCAUUAUUGAGUUGAGUCUCACUACAAACAAAGAGGCUCUUAAAGUGAUUAACAAUGUUCUUGAUGCGGUUUUCAAUGUUGUUGACAAAUUGUCCGAUCAAGCUAUUACAUUUAAACCGGAAACUAUUAAAAAAGUUGUCAAGACUAGAGAAUUUGAGAUUGAGAAAUUGAAAAAGAUUGAACAGGAGUUGCAAAAUGAGAAAUUGGCUGAAGAGCAAGCCAGAUUGAAAAGAGAGGAGAGGGAAAGAAUGAGAAAUAUGUCAAGAGAAGAACAAUUGAGAGCUGAGCAGAAAGCACAAGAAAAGAGGCAGAAGAAGUUGCAAAAGAAGCAAAGAAUAAAGAUGUAA